AUGCGCGUUAACCUGGUCGAUGGAGAAAUUGAAGCCAUAGAGGAGAGGAAUUCCAAGGAGAAACGUAAAAAUGGAAAACUUGUGAAAGGGCAUGACGAAUCAAAGGGGUACACAGAAUUGGGAAGAAACUUCCAUGUGCUAAAAGACUUAACAAGGAAAAGGUAUCGCAUACGUGAGGACUACACAGGUUAUAAGCAAACAUUCCAUCAAAAGGGAAGUCAGGUUGAAACCAAGAUGGAGGAAGAGUCCAAUGCUAAGGAGGAUACGUGCCUGGAAUCCCCCCGCAACGAUACAGAGCAUUACAACAUCAUGUCCAGCACUGAAACAGUUGUGUCUUCAAAUGACAGUAUUGAGGAUAUGUACGAAACAAACUACAAAUACUUUGCAGUGAGGAAAUAUUCCCUCAGUGAAGAUUCCCCAGGAUCAGCAUCCGACUGGCAACAUAAUUUAAAGUUGGACAGGAUCAGGAGGAACCAAAAUGAUGUCUUCCAAGAGGAUAGACGAUUCGUUAUGCCUCCCAAAGCGUAUGGGAAAAGACGCACAGAGGAAAAUGCUUUAACGAACGAUGCCAAAGAGGAAAAACAAAAAAAAGACGACCAUGUGGUGUACAUGCCAAACCAUAUCUACCUGGAAAGAAGCAAUGGGAAGGUUCUGGAAAAAAGUAGCAUAAGUAACUUCAACCCGCUAGUCCAUGUAAGUAGUAUGCACUAUUACUAUAACCCAUGUGGGGGGCAAAACUGUAAAGACAAUCAAUUCAGUUAUGCCUGCCCCUAUGAUAUUCAAAAUGGAUCAUUUCGUUACGUUUGUCACCCCUUUUGUCAGCCGCAUGACAGUAGGUGCCUUCAUGCAGGAGACCCCGUUAGUCCAAAUGAGGGUAAUGUCUAUAUGAACAAAAGAUGCUCACUGGAAUUCGAUAAUUAUUUGAAAGGCAUGUAUUUCACGAAUAGGUCCUAUAUGGAGGCAGAACUGAGAAAAAGAUGCAGCCAUUAUUUUCGGCCCCUUAGAAGACCCUUCCGUGAAGUGGGUUCCAAUAGGGGAGCCGUUGCCUCUGGUGGUCUCCCCCGUAAGCGUGAAAGUGGUUCUAGCGGCAGAUUUAGCGUUGACCCUGUUGACCAGCUCAACCGGCGAGACCACCCCCAGGGGGCAAACCAUCAAAACCGCUCGCACAACUUGAGGAUGGGACACAAGUGUAAAGGGGAAGAAUAUCACCAAAGAAAAAUUGCCGAGCAGGAAAACUCAACAUGUCCGAGAAAAAAUAAUUUAUUUUCCCAAUUGAUUAAGAACCUCAAGCUGUUGGGAUAUGCCCUAUUUUUUUGUUUCUUCAUAAGCAACGAAAAUAAGGCAAUGAAGGAAAAACAGAACUCCACGCGCGGCGGGAAAAAGGCCUUUCCGCACUCGUCCUCCAUUAAGAGUGAAAGGAGGAGAAAAUAG